AGCAAGCAGCAUCAGCAAGCAGCAGCAUGAGUGUUCCCAAGAUACCCACUGAUGAGGAGCUGCGGAGUGCCGUGAAGGGCAUCCUUCGCAGCCAAAGCACACAUGCUGAGGACCCAGACAGGCGCAAGGAUAUGACGUUCGAGGUGGCCUGGGAAGUCUGCAACAAAGUGGGUGGCAUUCACACUGUGAUCAAGACCAAGGUUCCCGCAACUUUCUCUCGCGUUCACAAAGACGAUUACUGUCUGAUUGGGCCAUAUCAGGAGGCAACGGCCAAGACUGACGUCGAAGAAUGCACACCCGAAUCAGAGCCGCUGGCGCGCGCGCUGCAAGCCAUGCGUUCACAGGGCAUCAGCGUGACCUACGGGCGCUGGCUCAUUGAGGGAGCACCAUGGGUCGUGCUGUUCGACGUUGGCUCUGCGUGGUACAAGCUUGGCGGCUGGAAGAAGGAUCUGUAUGAGCUGACGGGCAUUGGCUGUCCGGAUUCGGAUGAAGAGUCCAGCCGCGCCAUUGUCUUUGGCUACCUCGUCGCCUGGUUCCUUGGCGAGUAUGUGCACCAACUUGAGGUGGCUGGCGAGAAAACCAGCGUUGUUGCCCACUUUCACGAAUGGCUCGCUGGUAUCGGCCUUGUGCUGUCGCGCGUCCGCAAUCUCCCCAUCGCCACCGUCUUUACCACACACGCCACCCUCCUCGGCAGGUACUUGUGCGCCGACAAGAGCCAGGACUUUUACAACCGGCUGGACAAGUUUGACGUGGACAAGGAAGCAGGGGAUCGCCAAAUCUAUCACCGCUACUGCAUUGAGCGCGCGUCGGCGCACGGUGCACAUGUGUUCACGACCGUGUCUGAGAUCACAGCGCUCGAGGCCGAGCACCUUCUCAAACGAAAGCCAGACUGCAUCACCCCAAAUGGGCUGAAUGUUGUCAAGUUCAGCGCACUGCACGAGUUCCAGAACAGACACGCGACGGCCAAGGAGAAGAUCCACAAGUUUGUGCGCGGGCACUUUUACGGCCACCUCGACUUUGAUCUGGACAAGACGCUGUACUUCUUCACGGCAGGCCGCUACGAGCUCAUCAACAAGGGCGCAGACAUGUACCUCGAGGCCCUGGCACGGUUGAACUACAAGCUUCAAUCGCAGGCGAACCCCGUGACGGUGGUUGCCUUCAUCAUCAUGCCAACAAAGACAAACAGCUUCAACGUGGAGUCACUGCAGGGCCAGGCCGUCUACAAGCGCAUGACGUGCCGAAAGGACUCCCGCCCGAAGAGGGUUUCCGGGACUCCUGCAGAUCUUCUUGAGCCCGUUGAGACUACCGCUUAUGUGUUCUCGUUCUAA